CCUAAUUGGGUCAAGGGUACGUCAGGCUUCCCCCGAGAAGUAAGCAGGCGUGUUAGUUCAGGAAGAAGCUGAGAAGGAUCUCCUCUGUAGCAGAUCGACCAUCUCUAAGAGAAGCGAGGAACUGCCAGCUUAGUCGGUGACCGGCGUUGUCCACAUCGCCGUGUACAAGAGAAAAGCUGUUAGUGCUUUCGUGAAGGUGCGGAAUUGGCGAGACCAUGGAAAGAAAGUGAACGUUUGUCCAGCCUAACCGGUGGAGAGACAAUACCCGACCUGACAUGAGGGCAGCCAUGUACCAUCAAUUAUGACAGCGAGAUGUCGCUGUGCUUGAAGAAGUGUAUGUAGAAAGUUGAAGCAGUCCACAAGCCAUUACAGUCAAGAUUGUGGCUUCGGUCACUGAAAAUCGUUCUUUAUAAAAGAACACUAUCUUAUCUGGGAGCUCAGUAUGCUACCCGCGGCCGUGAAGCGAUGGCUCUACAAGCCCAAAAGAUCCGACCCACAUCCACUGGCUCAAUUCUUCUAUGCAGAUAAGGAAGUGACUCGAGUGAUGAUAGAGCUGAAUAACGUGAAUCUGAAUAAUGACCCCCAAGAGUAUGUGUUACAACUGAACAAUCUCCGGGCCAAACAGGAUCAUAUGCUGCAGAUAAUUAAUCAAAUCAUGGAUGAAUGCAUCCCCAAUGAGCGACCAAAUCGAGAGUUCCAAGUCAAGUUCCCCGAUGAGGUUUUGCAGGAUCAGCUGGGAGGACAGCUUUGGUUUGCUGCUGAGUGUUUGGUGGCCGGCUCUCUCAUUGAGGUGAAUGAAUCUGAGGUGUUUCUGUUGCGCCCUCUGGCGGAGGACCUGCUUCGCAGUCUGGCGAGGGUGCGAUCACUUCUCCGGAAACAAUGUUUUACUGAUCACCCGGUCUAUACAGAUGAUAUCAAAGUGUCUCUCAUUCGGUUUGACAGGCUCUUUGCUGAGUUUGAGUACAGCUAUGUAUCUGCAGUGGUCCCCAUCAAGUCUCCUGAGGAGCUCUUCAACCAGCAACAGAUUAUUGUCCUGUUCUGUGAAACUAUAGAUAGGGCACUGAAACUGGGUUACUUGACACAAGAGAUGAUUGACGGCUUAGACCCUAUCCUGAUGUUCACCAUCCCCCGGCUUGCUAUCAUUUGUGGGCUGAUGAUCUACCCAGAAGGACCUCUCAACCUAGAACAGCAGCCAAAUGACAUGUCUAAGCUUUUUAAACCAUUCUACGCCCUCUUGCAAAAAAUAAGGGAUUUGCUUUAUGUCCUCACAGAUGAAGAACUGUCUAUGUUGGAGAAGAGCUUGUGUGCUAUAGAAUCUGAGGAUCUCUUCAAUCCCCAUAGGAUGUUUCCCAACCUUUCAUCUCCUCUUCAAAACAACGUAUUGCCUCAUGAAAUGCUCGAUGAACCGACGCAUGCUAGCGGUGUUUCACCUAUUCACCGUGGUGCAGAGGAACUCAACCACCAAGCACAUAAUGAGCCAUAUUGCUACCAGUCUACCUUGCAUGCAUCCAAUUCGGUCGAGCAAACUCCAAAUGAAAUACAACAUCUGUUGGAAGGUUCUAACUUUAUACUUGACAGAGGUUAUGAAAUGUGGGGACAAGAUUUCAGAUGGAUUGUGAAUGUUAACACAGAGGAAGAUGCACAGAAUCAGAAGGCGAUGAUCUUCACCAAUAAUUCCAUGUCAUCGUCAUCUACUUCCAGUGAUAGCCUGACUGAUUCCAAUAGCAUGCAGUUUUGUUGCGUUGCAACCAAAAACCUUCAAUCAGAAACUGACCAUCCAAAGUUCUUUGAUGGUCAUGAGAUGGUGGGUACAUCCACAGUGACUACCAUUCAAGCUUCUAAUUCUCCAGGUGACUGCCAUGUACUAACACCUUCCAAACAAGAUCAUGUUUCUCAUUUCUUAAAUGCUGAUUGUCCAGAUGACCACACUGAAAAUCAUAAACUGGGGGCAGCUUCGUUUCUUGGAGCAAGUCCAGAACGGAACAAUUUUACCAGAAGCAUCUCAAAUACUCUGGUGCCUGAAGAUCCACAUAUGAGUAACAGCAGAUUGCUUGAAGGAGAAAAUGAUCCUCGUGUUGUGGAUUGGGAAGUGGAAAGACGAGCAGUAAAAGCUAUGAAGGCCUUGUUAAGAGAGGAAGUAAGAUCACGGUACCAGAGCAGCAGUGACAUGCUUCAUCGGCUCUUUGUUUGUAUCUCAGGAGUAGCAGACCAACUUCAAACCAACUUUGCAGGAGACCUUCGACGGAUUCUGAAAACUGUCUUUGAGAUUGUGACAUCAACCCCAGAAAGGAAUGAGGACGACAUGGAAGAGGAAAAAGAGGAGGAGCAUGUUAAUGCAGAACCCUCCUUGGAAGACUGUGCACUGUGUCAGGAAGCCCAUUCCCAUUCAUCCAGAACUUCCAAUUUAAGCACCACCAAACCAGAAGUGCCUCCAGAGUGGAUUGCUGAUUCUGCCUGCAAUCAAUGCACGUCUUGUAAAGCACCAUUUACAAUGAUCAGGAGACGGCAUCACUGCAGAAACUGUGGCAAGAUCUUCUGCGCCCGCUGUUCCUCGCGGUCAGCUCCUUUGCCUUGGUAUGGACAGAUGAAGCCAGUCCGUCCAUUGGUUGCAGGUAGUCUGGAGCAAGAAUUAUUUUCAUGGAAACAAAAGACAAAACAUGAGUGGAACUACAACCAAGUCUGAACAUGUGGGUUACUUAAGCCAGCGGUCCCCAACCACCAGGCCGCGGACCGGUACCGGGCCACAAAGCAUGCGCUACCGGGCCGCGAGGAAGCGAUAUGAUUUGCCGAUAUGAGUCAGCUGCACCUUUCCUCAUUCCCUGUCACGGCCACUGAUCAGCCAUUACGCAUGCGAGCUCAUUACCCGCGCGUCAUCCAUUUCAGCGCGGGAAGGAGAUCAACUCCUCGAGCUUACAAAUGACGGCGGGCUGGAAAGUAUGUUUGACAUAACAUCUCUGCCGGCAUUCUGGAUCAAAGUCAAGGCUAAAAAUCCUGAGAUAGCCACGAAAGCACUGAAACGUUGCUUCCAUUUCCAACAUAUCUCUGCAAUGAAUGCAACGAAAACUAAACUGCGGAAUAGAUUGGACAUAAGGAACCCCGUCUGACUAUCGCUGUCUCCCGUCACCCUUCGAUAGGACCGUGUUGUUGCAGGAAAACAAGCCCAGGGCUCCCACUGAUUGUGAUAUUGGUGUGUUGCAAUGAUUUUAUAUGUUCAUACGGGGAAAAUAUGUGCUGCGUGUUUAAUAUCCAAACUUUACUUAAAAUAUUAUGAUGCUAUUGACUUAUAUAACCAUAUAACAAUUACAGCACGGAAACAAGCGAUCUCUGCCCUUCUAGUCCGUGCCGAACGCUACUCUCACCUAGUCCCACCAGCCUGCACUCAGCCCAUAACCCUCCAUUCCUUUCCUGUCCAUAUACCUAUCCAAUUUUUCUUUAAAUGAUAAUAUCGAACCUGCCUCUACCACUUCUACUGGAAGUUUGUUCAACACUUACUUCAAGCUCCCCUGUCCUCCCCUGAUAAUUGACUUAUCACUAUAUUCAUGCGAGGAAAAUAUGCGCUGUGUGUUUAAUAUUAAAUUCGUAAGAUAAACCCUUCUAGGAAGGAAAUGAGUGUAUUAGUCACUUAUCACCGAUAUUCUGGUCGUGAUUAACACCCCCCUGGCCCCCCCAACAGAAUCGCCAAAAACAAUUUGUAGAAAAAAAAAUCGCGUUCACGCAUGCACACUGGUGCCCGCGCAAGGCUUCAUGGUCAUUGUAGUCUUCUUUUGGUAAACCCAGUAUAUUUGACUGCUACUCUCGUCCGUUGGCAACCCUACCCCACCUCCCCCGCCCCCAGUCGGCCGGUCUGCAAGAAUAUUGUCAAUAUGAAACCAGUCCGCAGUGCGAAAAAGGUUGGGAACCCCUGACUUAAGCAACACUUCAUUGAUUAGUAUCACAUUUCAGAAGUGACAUUUUCCCACAACAAAAAUUAAGCUAUUUCUCUCUAUCUGGGUAUUGAUGGCAAGGGUAGGAUUUAUUGCCUAUUCCUAAUACCUUUAAACAGUGACAGUAAUAGUAAUCCUCGAGAAGGUACUGCCCAUUAUACAGUUGUUUCAGAGGUUGGACCUGGUAAGUAUGAAGGAAUGGGAAUACAUUUCCAAGUCAGGAUGAUACACUUCCUGGAAGGAAAUAUGCAGGGCUAGGUGGCCCUAUGUAGCUUCUUUCCCUCUUGGGGACAGAAGCUGCAGGGUUGGAAGGUGUUGUUGACGAAGUUAGGUGAAUAACUAUAGUGAACUUUGUAGAUGAUGUACAUUGUAGAUACUGAGUGCUGGUAGUGAAUGGGCAAUCAAGCAGACUUUUGUCUUAGACAGUGUUGAGCUCUUUAAAGUGCUGUUGGAACUGUACUCGUUCAAACAAGUGGAGAAUAUUUAAUUACAUACCUAACUUAUGGAUGGGGUGGAAAGGUUUGUGUGUGUCACUGGACAUCCAGACUUUGACCAAGACAGAGGCUAGAGAUCACGGUAAUGACAUUGCCAAUGAAUGUUGAGGGUAAGCACUGACUCUUUCUUGUUGGUAAUGGUCACGGCCUAGCACUAAUGUUACUUCCCAAUUAAAACUGGUAAUUAAAACUAGCCUCUCAUUAUGCAGCCACCUCAUACUGCAAUUGAUAAUCUGCAGUUUACGUUUGUAUAAAAUUUGCACAAAUAUUCAUUAUUCCUUUCUCUGGCACGCAUUUCAAUCUAAAUUUGAGCACAAACAGAUGAGAAAUCAGUCAGACUUUGUCAGUCAGAAUAUAAGGAAUAAUUAAUUAUUUUGUUUGUCAAGCAAGAUGAUCGACUAAUUCAGGAAAGCGCAACAUAUACAUUGUUAUUUUUAUUCUUAGGCAAAAACGGAUUGUACUAAUUAAACUAUGCAAGUCCAACCAUUUAUUUUGCUUUGGUAUCUUCAUUUGCUGUGAAACAAACUUUAAAUAUUCGUACUUGGCCUCUGUUUACUGGACAUUUUAUUUUGGUUAGCCAUCAAUACAAAUGGAGAGCACUUAAGGGUGAAUACAAAAACGUAUCCAGUUUAUAUGGGGCGGGGGGAAGAGAAGAGCAUUGCUACAAAUGGGUUAUGCUAUUAAAAGUUUUACUGGACAGACUGAGUAUAUAAAGCAAAUGAGUCUUGCUUUAAGAUCCAAAUAAAGUGCAAUAAAAAGCAGCUGUAACUGAGCUAAAUUUCCCACACAGAUAUUAUGAAAUACCCAUUUUUAAUGGCUCAAUGAAACUGUUUAAAGAGAAAAGAACUGAUUGUUUUCAUAUAUUGGUAUUUGUUGGAACUCGGUCACCGCUAUCAUGAUGUGGAAUUUGAUCUCACAAAUAAUCUCUUAACAUACAAUAACUUCAACACCAAGAUGAUUGAGGUCAAUUGGGUUAUCUGAUUGAACUAAUCAUAACCUGACUUAACAACAAUACUAAGGAAACAAAGCUCUUCCCAACAAAAACAUGCGUCCCUCCAUUUACAAAAUAAUGCCAUAAAAGAACAACCGUCUCAGAUUGCUUUAGUUUUCCUAUUGCCAAAAUAAAUCUACCAUACACAAUUGAACAAAAAUGUUGAAAUUUCAACUAGCCAAGAACAGAGAGGGCCUUAGGAUUUAUUCAUUACAGAAGCUAUUUUCAUUUGUUUUGUACCUCAGUUGACUUAGUAAGCCAAAUAAACCAUUUAUUAGCAUAACCUAGAUCCAAGCAGGGAAUCUCAGGAUAGAUACUGAAAUGUUUUCAUGAAUAGGAGAGUCUCAAAUGAAGGGUGGGUUAUUUAAAACCAAGUUACAUGCAAUCUGUGGAAUUCACUACCCCAGACAACCAUGAAGGCCAACACAUCGGUUUUAUAUAUUUUUGAAAAAUUGGGAAUUGACAGCUUUGGGAUCUGGCACCAAAGAGGGGUCAAGGGCUGGGGUAAAUCAGCCAUACUGAAUGUUAAGCAAGUUUAAGGGGGCAGGUGGCCUAGUCCUGUUCCCACUUUCUUCCACAGAGAGCAAGGAGGAACCAAUGGAUGUGACAUUCUGCGAUUUUCAGAGUUGGGAUAAAGUUACAUACAGGUUAAUGAGCAAAAGAUUGGAAAAUAUAUAAAUAUAAAAAUUGGUGGAAUCAAGGGACGUGGGGAUACAAAAAUGCUGUGAUGUAGAAGAUCAACUAUAACCUUGCUAAAUGCUUGAGGGGCCAACUGGCCCACUUGUUUCUAUUCCAUAUGUUCUUAUGAGCCAGCACCAUUUCAUUGUUAAGUAUUCUUUUGAAUGUAGAAACAGGAUUGUUUCUUAACAUGAAUAGACUCAGUCCAACUGGAUGUCAUAUACAUUUCCAUUCCUGAUUCAACCUUAUCUACUUGCCCAGCUCCUGCUUUCUAGCUGAGUACCAGCUUGAUCAGUCCCAUUCCCUUGGCAUGACUAAAUGAUUGGAGAGCAGAGCUACACUUUUGCCGCAGUGUUGAUGACGCCAGGAAGUGAUG